CGUAUGAUAUUUUAAACAUUUAUGUCUAUCAGAAUACUUAUCGAUUUUAAAUGUAAAUACGGUUAGACAGUGCCAUUAAUGAAUUUUGUGCGUUCGUAAUCGUUCUUUAAUAUUUGUAAGGACUAUCUACCAUACCUAAAUGUCCACACAAUCUAAAACUAUGCCUAUGUUAGACCUUAAAGUUUACGUUAGAGUCGUGGCCGCAGUAUUUUCCAUAUCAUCAACAACUGCGUUUGUGAUGGUGCUGCUGCGUUUACUGUAUCCAGAGCUAUACUACUUAGAACCAUUAGUUGGUAGUGAUUUAGUGGUCCAUUACUUCAUAUCUGGACUAAUGGUGAUGACGAGCGCAAUAGGCUUCCUGAACAGCUGCGUGGUGAUCAACCGGAGUGCGGCACACAACGCAGGCCGGAACAUCACCACCUGGCUGCUACUGGACUCGCUCUUCGAGACCAGCAGGGUGAUAUAUGUGUUCAUAUGCGAGAUUGUGCUGAAGGGGAAAGGGCCGGUGCAGUUGUAUGAGUUGCUGAUCAGCGCUGCGCAGUAUCUAUUGGACAGCUUCCUCUACUGCCAGAUGAUACUCAGACACUAGUAGAGGCUGAAACUAUCAAGUUUACAGUGUUAUCCAUCCACAGGAUGCAGUCAACUUCCACCGUGAGUUAGUGAGGAUAUUGUUGCUUCUAAGAACAUAUAUUUAGUGUAACUAUAAUUGUGUUGACUAGUUUUGUCGCAUUUUUAAGUGAAAUGGUAUUAUAGUUGCUUUUACACGAUACGUUCUUUCACGCGCGAUCAGGAGCGUACGCGAUUUAGCACGGUCCUUCCCGUGCGCGCGCGCAAUUGUGAGGGAUUGCAUUUUACUAUGUUUCAUAUCAUUACACUUUCAUUAAAAAUUGGAUUUUUUAUCCAACUGAUUUUAUUUU